AAUAAUAAUAAGAGAUGGUAACUUAUCUGAUAUAUUCAAAUAGCAACCAUUAAAUGACAUAAAUGUAGAUGAAGUAUUAAAAGGGUUAUCAGCUGUAGAAGGAGCUAAUGGUUAUGUAAUAUUUAAUUAAGAUUGUAAUAACUAAUCGUUAUAUUAUUUAGGUAUUCCACUAAAAAGAUCUGAAAAAAAUAUUACUUAUGAAAAAGCUGUUCAUAUGUCUGCUUUAGUUGCUGAUUUAUGGAAUGUAACAAAGAAAUGCAUUUAAAGAGAUUUGAGAAAUUCUGAAGUAUUAAAUUAAUGAAAAUAUUUAGAAUGAUCUUGAAAUAAUCAGGAUAAGAACAAAAGCCUAAUCUGAAUAUAUAAUUUCAUAAUGUAAUUUAGAUUUAUAAUUAUAUAAGAGGGUGAUUAUACAAUGAUAGGAAUAUAAUUAUGUGGAAAAGCUAUAGAAGAGGCUAAGUUAGCUGCAGCUGCUGAGGCUUAGGCUGCUGCUGAAGCAGAAAAGGCAAAAAAGGGGGAUAAAGAAUAAAGUUGA